AUGAGCGACGCCCAGCUAUGCUCUAGCUGUCAAAAACUGAUUUUGGACGACUGGAAACUCAUAACUGAGUUGAGGACCUUAGAUGCUGGCCAUACUAUCCUCACUGGGAUCUGCGACGAACGACUUGAAUACGAACGUCAAGAUGUCUAUCCUGAUUUCCCAUCUCUCGAGGCGACGGCCCAAGAAGGAUGUCACCUGUGUGCACAAUUACGUGCGACUUUUCUUCGCAUCCUUGGUUCACAUCUUGAGGAUCACUUACAAAAAUCACGAAAUGCUGCUCGGAAAGCCGAGAGGCAACCUAUAGAUUCCAUUGGCGUUACUUUCAAAAAUUUCCAGUUCAGGCACGACUCCCCAAGUGUAUACUACGGUCAACCUAAAAAUGCAUCAUAUCUUUUGGGGUUUAUGUACUUACAAGAUCCCAUGGAAAUCUUGCCCAAGGGGUCCUUUUCUGGGAUCACCCUUCAGGUCGCCGCAGAGCAAGCCGAUGAUCCCACCGUCGGGAAACUUAUUACACAACAAGCUGUCGUACCUUACGCAGCGUUGAGUUACUGUUGGGGUGACCAAUCCAAGUAUCCACCGCUCGAGACCCGACCCACGACUAUACGGGAUCGAUUGAAAUCCAUAGAUAUCGAUCAAGUUCCACACACCAUACGUGAUGCUGUUAUCGUUACUAGACGACUGGGAAUUCAAUUUCUUUGGGUUGACGCACUCUGCAUAAUUCAAGGUGACACAAAGGACUGGCAGGAUCACGUUGCGCUGCUUCCAGCUAUUUACAGCAAUGCUUGGAUUGUUAUUGCCGCUGCGCUAGGAGACUCCAGUCAUUCUGGCUUCCUGCAACGUGAUAGGACCUUGAAUCAGAUCAGCAUACCAUGUAAUGCAUUGAAAAGACGAUUCGGACAUAGCGGCAAGAUCACAUUGGACAUGGACUCAAAUCUAUCAUACGAGUGGGACUACUUUCGCCAAGAGAUCGAUGGUUCCCCCUGGGACCGGCGUGCGUGGACGCAUCAAGAACGGACAUUUGCACGCCGCGUCUUAUUCUUUGGCAAUCGUCUAUACUACCAAUGCCAGGAAUGCUCCCGCAUUGAAGAUAUCCCAGAUCGACCUGUAUCGCCGAUAAGCCUCAACUUCGAGAUUGAGGAAAGGAUAUACACCCUAAUGAAAGGCUCUCGGUCAGUCACUGAGAACUAUCAGCACUGGAGACGUCUCGUCCAAGCCUACAGCGAGCGUCUUCUAACGUAUCCAAGCGACAAGCUGGCCGCCAUUUCCGGGGUUGCGCAAUAUCUUGGACAAAUAUGCAACGACGAAAACCUUGCUGGUCUCUGGCGGAAGAAUCUACAAUUAGAUCUACUCUGGACCAUGAAAACACGAGUAUCCCGAGAUCAAGACUUCAUAGGCACUAGAUGGGCUAAGAGUCAGAACAAGGAACGGCUAGACCUGAGAAACGCGGACUACAUGGCGCCUACUUGGACGUGGGCCUCUUCCGACAAGCCAAUCAGAUGGAUUAGCUUUUGUGAUGGACGAACGGAAAAUCUAAAAACGUGCGCAGUCGUGGAUAUAAGUUCAACACUCAAAGGGGCGAAUCCAAUGGAUGCACUUCGGGGAGCGUGUAUUGUUCUCAAAGGCAAAUCCACCCUACUGGACCCCUCAUGGAUAUCUGAACGUACAUGGAUCUGGCGCUGGGACUAUGCGGACGAAACACCAGACCCGAAAGCCAUCAAGGCCUUUGUCGUCGCAGAGGAAAGACGAGAAGAUCGCUUGGCAUGUUGUAUGGGUCGUACGCGCCCGCCAAAAACGUACACGCCGGUAGCGUGCGGUCUGCUACUUGAAAAGACAGAUUUUUACAAUAAGCGAGAAGGAGCAUAUAGACGUGUGGGGAUGUUCAAAAUAGCACAUCGAGAUAGAGAUAUUCUGGACAGCUGCGCUAUUGAGACUGUAACCAUAGUUUAG